GGAGCCAUUCCACUUAACCUUCCAAGACCUCAACCGACCUUGACAGACUUACUUCUCGACAAUGGCUGGCGGAAAUUAUGAGCUGGUCGCUAUGGGCAACCCGCUGCUGGACAUGACCGUCCGUGACGGCGAAGAGGUGCUCAAGAAGUACGACCUCAAGUCCAACGAUGCCAUCCUCAUCGAGCCGAAGCACGAGUCCAUCUACGACUACGUCGUCGACAACUACAAGGUCAGCUACGUCGCCGGCGGUGCUGCCCAGAACGCGGCUCGCUGUGCCCAGUACGUGCUGCCGCCCAAGAGCACCGUCUACCUCGGCUGCGUGGGCGACGACAAGUUCGCAGGCAACCUGCGCGACGCCAACGACCGCGAGGGCCUCCGCAGCGUGUACCAGGUGGACAAGGAGACACCGACGGGAACGUGUGCCGUCGUCCUUACCGGUCACGAUCGUAGCCUGGUGACGCGCCUGGGAGCUGCCGAGAAGUUCAACAAGAGCCACCUGGAGACGCCCGAGGCCAAGGAGGCCAUCGACCGGGCCAAGUUCUUCUACCUCGGUGGCUUCUUCCUCACCCACGGCAUCGAGAGCGCCUUGAUCCUGGCCAAGAAGGCCAAGGCCAACAACGUGCCCUUCUCGGUCAAUCUCUCGGCCCCCUUUAUCCCCCAGUUCUUCAAGGACCAGCUGGACCAGAUCAUCCCCUACUCGUCGCUUGUCUUUGGCAACGAGACCGAGUUUGCCGCCUAUGCCGAGUCGCACAACCUCGGCACCACGGAUCUCGCCAAGAUUGCCCAGGCCGUGGCGGACCUGCCCUCGGAGACGUCGCUUCCCCGCACGGUCAUUGUGUCCCAGGGAGCCGACGCUACGAUCGUCGCCCAUGCUGGCCAGGCCGAGACCAAGGCGUACCCGACGCCCAAGGUGAACCCCUCGGACAUCAUCGACACCAACGGCGCGGGCGAUGCCAUGGCCGGUGGUGUGCUCGGUGCCCUGAUUCUGGGCAAGUCGGUCGAGGAGGCCGUCGCAGUCGGCCAGAAGCUCGGCGGCAUCUGCAUUGGCCAGAACGGCCCGACGCUUCCUCUUGAGCCAAAGGUCAACGUCCUCUAAGGCGCGCCUUCCGCCCUUGCAUUUCUAGAAGCAAAACGGCUUUCUCAUCCCCUUCUCCUGCAAUUACUGUAACAGGGGUGCUCAACAUACCCCCCCUUCACACCUACACACACGCACACUCACAUCUUGACAUUCUCGGACCGUAGACGAAAAGUAACAACUCUGAAAAUCAUCAUCGGCUUUCAACAUGCCAAUAUUGCUCACUUGCACAUCAGGCGCGACAAGAGAGGAGACAGUAGUACAGUACAUGGUUGUAUCCUUACAAAGAAGAGAGGUUGAGGAACAAUCCUCGAUUAUUAGGUGCUACUAUAACAGAUUUCACGUCGCUACUACUACUACUACUACUACUACUA